UUUAUAAUUUCAGAUAAAAAUGGGUGAAACUCCAAUGAAAGAAAAGAAAAAGAAGUCUAAGGACAAAAGUAUUGGAGAAUUGCAGUCUGAGAACAGUUUCACAGUUGAACCCUCCUCCAAACCAGUCCCCAAACUCGACACAUCUGAAUGGCCUCUUCUUCUCAAAAAUUUCGACAAGCUGAAUGUGAGAACCAACCAUUACACACCUCUUCCCCAUGGUGCUUCGCCCCUGAAGCGAGAUAUCGUAAACUAUGUUAAAUCCGGUUUUAUUUGUUUGGAUAAACCUGCAAACCCCAGUUCCCACGAGGUUGUUGCCUGGAUUAAAAGGAUUCUCCGAGUAGAUAAAACUGGACACUCUGGAACCUUGGACCCUAAAGUUACAGGAUGUCUUGUUGUUUGCAUCGACAGGGCUACUCGUCUGGUCAAGUCCCAGCAGAGCGCGGGCAAGGAGUACACAUGCAUCUACAGGCUUCACGACUCCAUCCCGGUCAAGAGGAUAAAGCAGGAGUUGGAGAAGUUGAAAGGUGCGCUUUUCCAACGUCCCCCUCUAAUAUCAGCUGUCAAACGUCAACUGAGAGUGAGAACAGUUUACGAGAUGAAACAUAUUGAGCACGACCCGGAGCGGAAUAUGGGAAUAUUCUGGGUUUCUGUGGAAUCUGGAUUCUACGCAAGAACGAUCUGCGUUCAUCUUGGUCUCAUGUUGGGCUGCGGAGGUCAAAUGCAAGAGUUGAGAAGACCUAGAUCAGGUAUUAUGACUGAGAAGGAUUGUUCCACUAUGCAUGAUAUCCUUGACGCACAGUGGCUGUAUGAUAACCACAAGGACGAGUCCUACCUCAGACGUGUUAUUCGUCCCCUGGAAGCACUACUGACAGGACACAAGAGGAUUAUCAUGAAAGACAGCGCCGUGAAUGCCAUUUGCUACGGAGCCAAGAUCCUACUUCCUGGUGUUCUCCGCUACGAGGACGGUAUUGAGAUCAACGAAGAGAUUGUUGUCUGUACAACCAAGGGUGAAGCGAUCUGUCUCGGUAUUGCCCAGAUGACCACUGCCACAAUGGCAAGCUGUGAUCACGGGAUCGUUGCCAAGAUUAAGAGGGUUGUGAUGGAACGUGAUCUGUAUCCAAAGAAGUGGGGACUUGGACCUAAGGCUACUAUCAAGAAAGGUAUGAUCAAAGAGGGUUUACUGGAUAAAUAUGGGAAACCUAAUGAGAACACUCCCAAGGGCUGGAAGUCAAGCUAUGUUGACUACAACGUGAAGGGGGAGAACGGAGUAGGGGCACCAGAAGUCAAGGUUGAGAAGGAAGACAGGAAGAGGAAGCACAGUGAGCAGUCCGUCGAGGAACCGGUAGUCAGCGACGAGGCCAAGAAGGAGAAGAAGAAAAAGAAGAAAGACAAGAAGUCUAAGGAGAAUGGAGAUGAAACUCUGAACAAUACCGCAGAUACGACCAUGGAUGUUUCCCAGAACGGCGACGGAUCUGAUUCUGAGAAGAAAAAGAAGAAGAAGAAGAAAAAGAAGGAGAACGAUGAAUAGUCCUGAGUAUAUACAUACAGUAACUAUAUUCUAUAUGAUCGGUUUCACACGCCUGUUAUCUCGCAUUUUUUUGCCAGAAUAAAUACCAACAAUUAA